AUGAAAUCGAUUUAUCGUUGGCUAACUGGAACGUGUGAACUGCAACGAAUUUGCAAAAGUUGCAAUGAAACUGGUGAUAGGACUACGGCUGUGGAAAAAUCCCUUGGCACUUCCAAGACUGAGAGUUUAAGAAAGAUUACAACAUCAUUAGGGAUCAAUGUAAACGAUGCUGUUCAACACAUUGCCGUUGUUAAGAAAAUUAAUCAUGAAUCAUCCAUUAAUAGCGAAUUUAUUUGCAGUUUAAGCAAGUGCUUGGUCCAAAUAUGUACUUAUUCGCAAUUAAAAGAUCAUGUCGAAACUAUCAGAAGUACGACUUACGAUUCCAAUAAUAAACAACAUGAAACAAUGUUAAUGAAGCUAUGGGAUUUAUUAUGCCCGGAUAAUCAGCUUGAACAACGAAUUAGUCCGCAAUGGACAGAAAUUGGAUUCCAGGGGUCUAACCCUGAGACUGAUUUCAGGGGAAUGGGGCUGUUAGGCUUAGAACAACUUGUAUAUUUUACUGAGAAUUAUACACAGGUUGCUCGCAAGAUUUUGAGCCAUUCUCACCAUCCUACUUAUGGCUAUUCUAUGGCUAUAGUUGGGAUUCAUUUAACCAAUAUGGCCUAUUCAUUACUAGUCAGUAAUGCUUUAAAGCCUCAUUUUUACUAUUCCAAUGUCUCUGCUACCUUGGAUGAAUUUCACAAAGUCUACUGCUAUUUGAUAGUUGAAUUUGAUUCCUUCUGGAGAUCAGAAAAACCUGAAAAUAUUUUAAUAUUUAAUGAAAUUAAAGAGAAAUUUCGCUUAAAAACACUUCAGAAAUUAAAAACUUUACGAGUUCUAAGAUCAUUUGAAUUAAUGUAA